CGUAGGGGUAGAAGGCGUUCCUGCUGCCCGCCCAGUCGCUAUUAGUGGAGCGGCAGGCGACCUCCCGCAAGUUCUGGAAGUUCUUGGGCUUGACAGGGCAGUACCCCCAAGAUCUAGUCGCAGGUUUCCAGUCCCCGCCGGCUGAGCGGAGCCGCUGCCGCCAUGUUUGGCUGCUUGGUGGCAGGGAGGCUGAAACCACCCAGACCAGACAUCGUUUUCGGACCUGAGUCCUUUCACCUACAGGUGCAAACAGCUGCACAGCAAGUGGCAGAGGGUAAAUUUGUUUUUGACUUGCCUGAUUAUGAAAAUAUCAACCAUGUUGUGGUUUUUAUGCUGGGAACAAUUCCCUUUCCUGAGGGAAUGGGAGGAUCUGUCUACUUUUCUUAUCCUGAUUCAAAUGGAAUGCCAGUAUGGCAACUCCUAGGAUUUGUCACGAAUGGGAAACCAAGUGCCAUCUUCAAAAUUUCAGGUCUUAAAUCUGGAGAAGGAAGUCAACACCCUUUUGGAGCCAUGAAUAUUGUCCGCACUCCAUCUGUUGCUCAGAUUGGAAUUUCAGUGGAAUUAUUGGACAGUCUGGCUCAGCAGACUCCUGUAGGUAAUGCUGCUGUAUCCUCCGUUGACUCAUUCACUCAGUUCACACAAAAGAUGUUGGACAACUUCUACAAUUUUGCUUCAUCAUUUGCUGUCUCUCAGGCCCAGAUGACACCAAGUCCAUCUGAAAUGUUCAUCCCGGCAAAUGUGGUUCUGAAAUGGUAUGAAAACUUUCAAAGACGGCUAGCACAGAACCCUCUCUUUUGGAAAACAUAAUUUGAAUAAAAUAAUUUUUAAUGGAUUCUGAAAUUUGUCAUGUUUUGAAGAUAAAUGACUCUGUUUAAAAGCAUAAAGUCAAAUGAUCAUGAAGCCUAAGUUUAAAAACUGCUUAGUGAUUUGCAGCUUAAUUAAAAUCUUUAUAAAAACUUAAAAACAUUGAAAAAUGGAAAUAUGUUCAUCAUCAAUGACUUUUCCCCCUUUAAGCUAAAACUUCUAUUCAGAGGCAAAAAUUUUGUUUUGGAUAUCAUUCAUUUUUUACUUAAAAAUAAAGCCUAUUCACGAUAGUAGUGCGCCAA